AAAUAUUUAAUUAUUAUAUUUAACGACUGAAAGUUAAAAAACAACUCAAAUUUAAAAGAUGUCUUACGCCUAUUUAUUCAAAUAUAUUAUAAUUGGUGAUACAGGUGUUGGUAAAUCAUGUCUCUUACUACAAUUUACGGACAAACGUUUCCAACCUGUACACGAUCUUACCAUUGGCGUUGAAUUUGGUGCCCGCAUGAUAACCAUCGAUGGCAAACAAAUCAAAUUACAAAUAUGGGAUACCGCUGGUCAAGAAGCAUUCAGAUCAAUAACACGUUCAUAUUAUAGUGGUGCUGCUGGUGCUUUAUUGGUAUAUGACAUAACCAGACGUGAAACAUUUAACCAUUUGACAACAUGGUUAGAAGAUGCCAGACAACAUUCAAAUUCCAAUAUGGUUAUAAUGUUGAUAGGAAAUAAAAGCGAUUUAGAGUCAAGGCGUGAAGUUAAAAAGGAAGAGGGUGAAGCUUUCGCUCGUGAACAUGGUUUAGUAUUUAUGGAAACAUCAGCACGUACAGCGGCCAACGUUGAGGAAGCCUUUAUUAAUACAGCCAAAGAAAUUUAUGUAAAAAUUCAAGAAGGUGUUUUCGAUAUCAAUAAUGAGGCCAACGGUAUUAAAAUUGGUCAACAGCAUUCCUCCACAAAUCCUUCACUGCCCGGUUCGGGCAAUCAAGCUGGGUCAGCAAGUAGCGGUUGUUAAAAGUUGCUCGACUAAACAAAUAUAACAAAACCGACAUCAAACUAACAGUGAAUAGAAAAACAUGUAUUUUAUUUUUUACACCAUCUUUACGAUGAAAAA